UCCCUUUACCAUUUAUGGAGAGGUGAUCAUCGCAUUCGGCAGGCAAAGGCAAAGGCAAAGGCAAAGCUAAGGCAAGGCAUAUCCCCCAUCACUAUAUACCUCUCGAACCCUAAAAUCGAUUAGAGUGCCCAACCGCACUGCACUGCUUUGAUUCCCGGCUGCAAUCUCCCAAUCCUGCUAGGGUUUCCAUGGAUUCCGAUGACGAUAUGCACGACGCCAACGAGGUAGCCUCUGCCGAGGAGGAUGACUACUACAGCGGCGGCGAGGAGGAGGAAGAAGAAGACGAAGAUGAAGAAGAAGAAGAUGAGGCAGAGGCUAUGGAUGACGAAAUCGACGACGAUGAUUACAACUAUGACUACGCCGAUGAGGACGAUGCAGGGGAUUACGACUUCAUCGCGAAUUACUCCGAUGAGGGUGACGAUGCGAUAGCUAGUCGGUCGCAGAAGAACUAUACUGUAUUAAAGGAAGAGGAUAUGCGGCAGCGGCAAGAGGAAGACAUCACAAAAAUCUCUACUGUCCUUUCAAUUUCAAGGGAAGCAGCAUGCAUACUCUUACGUCGCUAUAACUGGAGUGUGAAUAAUGUGCAUGAAGAAUGGUUUGCUGAUGAAGAGAAAGUUCGCAAAGCUGUUGGUAUUUUUGAGAAACCCCCGGUUAAGAAUUUGAAUUUCAAGGAAGUGGCUUGCGGGAUUUGCUUCGAGAACUUUCCUUGUGAAUGGUUACGUUCUGCUGCAUGUGCUCAUCUUUUCUGUGACACAUGUUGGAAAGCUUACAUCAGUACAUCCAUCAAUGAUGGCCCUGGAUGCUUGAUGCUGAGGUGUCCUGAUCCUUCCUGUGGUGCUGCUGUUGGCCAAGAUAUGAUUGAUAAACUCUCAUCUCAUGAGGAUAAGGAAAAGUAUCACCGUUAUCUUCUUAGAUCUUAUGUUGAGGACAGCCGCAAGAUUAAGUGGUGUCCUGCCCCUGGUUGUGAUUCUGCUGUGGAAUACGUUGUUGGUAGUGGAAGCUAUGAUGUCUCUUGCAGUUGUUCGUAUAGUUUCUGCUGGAACUGCACAGAAGAAGCGCAUCGACCAGUAGACUGUGAUACUGUGGCAAAGUGGAUUUUGAAGAACAGUGCUGAGUCGGAAAACAUGAAUUGGAUAUUGGCCAACUCCAAGCCUUGUCCCAAGUGCAAGCGCCCGAUUGAAAAGAAUCAGGGAUGCAUGCACAUGACUUGCACACCGCCAUGCAAGUUUGAAUUUUGCUGGCUGUGUCUUGGUGCAUGGUCGGACCAUGGUGAGAGAACAGGCGGUUUCUAUGCAUGCAACCGCUACGAAGCAGCAAAACAAGAAGGAGUGUAUGAUGAAGCUGAGAGGAGGAGAGAGAUGGCCAAGAACUCUCUAGAAAGAUAUACUCACUAUUAUGAACGAUGGGCAUCCAAUCAGUCAUCGAGGCAGAAAGCUCUAGCAGAUCUGCAACAAAUGCAAAGUAUACAUCUUGAGAAGCUAAGUGAAGUACAAUCCCAACCCGAGUCACAAUUGAAAUUUAUUAUAGAAGCUUGGCAGCAGAUUGUUGAAUGUAGGAGAGUUCUAAAGUGGACAUAUGCCUAUGGCUAUUAUCUAGCCGAGCAUGAAGUUGCUAAGAAACAGUUCUUUGAAUAUUUGCAGGGUGAGGCGGAAGCUGGGCUGGAAAGGCUCCAUCAGUGUGCAGAAAAAGAGCUUAUGAACUACCUUAAUUCUGAAGGUCCAUCAAAGGAUUUUAAUGAGUUCCGUACGAAGCUUGCUGGUCUGACAAGCGUGACCAGAAAUUACUUUGAAAAUCUGGUUAGAGCACUAGAGAACGGUCUUUCAGAUGUUGAUCCGCAAGCAUCCUCUAACAAGUCGACAAAAACGACAGCGGCGGCAGGGAGCAGCAGCAAGGGUAAAGGUGGUGGAAGGGGUAAGGGGUCGUCUAAGACGGGGACAUCAGCAAGAAACACAGACGAUUCAGGUAAUUGGGCGUGCGAACAGUGCACCUACUUCAAUGCUCGAGCUGCGACUAUAUGCCAGAUGUGUCACCACCGCCGUUGAUAAUGGUUUGCAUGGAAAACAUGACAAGUCUUCUUCUUCUGUUUUUUUUAAUCAAUACUAUGCUGUGUUGUGGUAUCUUGGAUAUUAUUAACCUGAAAGAUGUGUUGUGUUGUGUUAUAGAUCAUUGGAAUUUGCUAGUCUUGAAAGUGGGCAUGGGUGGUGGGUGGUGUUCCAUAAAAAGAAAGAACGAACGAAUGGAUGGUAUGUAAAUAGGAGGGAUGGUACACUUUGUGGGUGCAAGUCCAAGUGCAUGUGUUUCUCCA